GGUUUGUGUGCUGGAGAGGCAAAUAUUUGACUUCCUUGGAUAUCAGUGGGCACCUAUCCUGGCAAAUUUUAUACACAUUAUUAUCGUCAUUCUUGGUUUAUUUGGAACUAUUCAAUAUAGACCUCGUUACAUAACAGGAAUGAGGAGGCAGCUAUAUCUACAUUUGCAAGAUCUUUAGCGUAUCCAAACUCAGCAUGUCUUGCAUCUUGGACUUGCAAACUAAUUGAUAAAGCCAUGCAGGCUUCCAGGCAAAUACCACAAAGUGACAGGAAUUCAGAGAUAAAAUAUGCUGUCUGGCUAGUCCUCUGGGUUACGUGGAAUGUGUUUGUUAUCUGCUUCUACUUGGAGGCUGGGAACCUCUCAAAGGAAACAGACCUCAUCCUGACUUUUAAUAUUUCGAUGCACCGAUCUUGGUGGAUGGAGAAUGGACCGGGAUGUACGGUGACGUCGGUGACGCCGGCCCCAGACUGGGCUCCAGAAGACCAUCGCUACAUCACGGUCUCAGGGUGUCUUCUGGAGUACCAGUACAUAGAAGUGGCUCACAGUUCCCUCCAGAUCGUCCUCGCACUGGCGGGGUUCAUCUACGCCUGUUAUGUUGUGAAAUGUAUAACUGAAGAAGAGGACAGCUUUGAUUUCAUAGGUGGCUUUGACUCUUAUGGAUACCAAGGGCCUCAGAAGACAUCUCAUUUACAACUACAGCCUAUGUACAUGCAAAUUCCCUUGGAUAACAACUGAUAACAAAUUCUAUAUAUCAGCAUCAAGUGAUAUGCUGAAUUGCAAGCGAAGAUCAAAAUAGAAAGUCCAAAUAAUACAGAUGACAGAUGGCUUCAGCAGGUCAGCCCACGGACCUGGCAAAGGACUUGUUCCGCAGCGGCCUCCUGCAUUUGAGGGCGGGCGAGAAGCCACCGAGUGGGAACACCCACAGCCUAGAUGCACGCGACAACACACACAACGCCUCUCCGUCCACG